AUGGCACUUUGUUUGAUUGACAAUUUAUCGAAAAUUCGUGUUAAAGAAAUUGAAUUAUUUGCGGAACUUUAUCAAAAGAUUUCAAACGAAUUUUCAUUCAUCAUUAAACCGAAUAAUGAGAGAUUAGCAACAAUUUUACAUUAUAAAGGUCUCAGAUUCGAAAAUUUCGUUGCAAAAUUAACCCAAGAAGAAAUUCUCAAUUUAUAUUCAACAGAGACACCUUUAUUCUACAUUGCAUGGGAUAAAGUUGAUGACCUUAAGAACAAAUUCCCAAAUCUUGAACUUGCCAAGAAAAUAAAUGAUGAAAUCACUCCACUUGAUUGUGCAAUUAAAUACGGCUCAGAAUUAUGUUUCAAUUACCUUAAGAACAUUGGUGCCAAAUACACAUAUCAGUCCAUAAAAUAUGCUGUUCAAGGCUCAAAUACAAACAUUUUUAUGCAAAUGUUAGAAGAAGGUAAAUCAUAUGAUAAAAUGAUUAAUACAGCAUUGGAUAAUCGAAACUAUGAAAUUGCUGAGUACCUUAAAUCACAUUAUGGACAAGAACCUGAUUCAAUAGCAGAAAGCAUGUAUUUCGGAAAUUAUGAUGUUGCUUCUUAUUUACUUUCUCUUGGAUGCAAUCUCAACAAUACUUACAUCAUUUUUCUUUUAAUGUCUAUCAUCGUUUUACCGUAUUAUUUUUCUAUUGGUGCUCUUCAUUGCUUUUUGCAAUUCUCUUUAUAUUCAUCUUUAUCAUUGUUUUAUGAAAUUCUCUUUCUUUUCAUAUUUAUCAUUGUUUUAUGA